AUGGACACUACGAGCACCUACAAUGGACCCACCACCAACCAAGGUGCAAUCAUUGAAAUCGCUAAAGAUGGUGAUUUGGUGGUAAACAUCACUGAGCACGAAACAAUUCGGGAUAGGCAAAUUUUUGAGAAUGACACCGGAAGGGAGUCGGUUACGACAACUACAGAACGAGAGAAAUCUGCAAUGUUACGGGUUGACAGCUCAAAGCUGGCAGCGCACAGUUCAUACUUCAAGUGUGUGCUUAAUGGGAAACAGCAAACCGGGAAGAAAGAAAUGAUUACGUUAAAUAAAGAUACAAUUAAGAGCAUGGAGGUGUGGUUUCGGCUAUUCCAUUCCGAAUUGGCUUCCGAUCAUUUACCGUCUAUUCAGAUUGUCGAUGUGUGGUACAUAAUCAUAGCCGGCUACAAGUACGGAUUUGAUCGCAACGACAUGGCUCCAUGGUUUGUGAAGUGGUUUUACACCAAAAUAGACCAGAUAUUCUCCAAUAUCAUCCACUGUCGCCAGAUGCUUUUUCCCUGUUAUUAUUUCAACUUUGCGAAUGGAUUCCAAGUCUUAACAAGUAGUCUGGUUUACGAAGAUACCGACAACAUUUCUGAAAAUAACCCAACUCCUUUCCAUCAUGUAGGGUUGCCCGCUGUUGUUCCUAAACGACUUAACGCAGCUCGACAACAUUUUCGAAAGAUUAUCCACAAGGGACUCUUCAAUCAUCUUGAAACGAUUGUCUCAUCUGCCACGUGCGAGUGUAAGGAACAGACCGUAUUCAACUACCUUCGGGAGUUGAAGAGAAUAAAAGUUUGGCCUCUGGAGUCCACGUUCCAAGACACCAGCGUCCGUGACAUGGUCGACCGUUGUAUCAACUUCGACGAGUCGAAUAUGUCGCCUGGAGGCGGAGGAACCACUCGGCCAUCAUGUAUCCACUGCGGUCACAAAUGGAAAGCGCUCUUGGUCCAAAUUCAUUACACCGUUCUAUCACUAUUCGAUGGCUUGUGUCUCGAUUGCAUGGCCCGAGCGACGAAUCCAGGUGUUGAGGAGCAUAUAUAUGUGGAUGACAAUGAUUAUGACACACAUUGUCGGAUUCGUCAUGGGGAAGCAACCUGGCACUUUUCAUCCAUAGGGAUCCAUGUAGUGAAGGUGCCCACUGGGGUCCGGAAAAUGAUUGAGUAA